CACAGGCUGUAAAGAAUGCCUGGCACCAAACCAGAAUCACUGACGCUAUUACAGACCCACCUUAUCACCAAUGAUUGCCCGGGACUGAGUGGACCACACCUUCAAAGGCCAGCCCAUCCGCCUCGGGUGCACCAAAGACUAUUGAGAAGCUUGCUGGGGUGUCCUCAGAGCGGAGACAGGGCUGUACUGAGAAGGACGUUGGCAGGCCGUGCAGAUCGUCGACUCAGGCUCAGAAGAUCAACAGACAGAAUGGCUACUGCAGGCACCUCAGGGCUGGGACGCAGGAAGAAGGCUCCUGGUCUCAUGGAUCAGAUUGGCAAGUUCUUUGGAGGGGAUAAGAAGAAAAGAGGGAAGGGUUCAUUCCGUGGUCACCUGUCUUCCUCACCCCCAAGACCUCAGCAUUCCUCAUCCCGGCGCCGUGGAGAUGUGAACCCUGUCGUUCAUUUCUUCAGGAGCUUUGUGUCUUCUCCUCGCCCUAAGUCAAGGUGGAGGGAAUUCUUGGGCCUGGCUUCACCAUCGCAGCGUGGCUCAGAGAGUAUCAGAUCACCCCACAGACGCCGCAGAGAACAGAACACACUCUCCAGAAUCUUCAACCUGGGAGAAAGUAGAUCUCGUUCUCCACCCAAACGCUGGAGCACCAUCUUCUGAGCCCUCGAUUGAUGCAGGAACAAGUGAGAUAGAUGAUAAGGGAAAGGAUGAUGAUGCUGAUGAGGAGGAGGAGGAGGAGGAGGAGGAGGAGGGAAAAGUAGAUGGUCUCUGCCUUGUGGACUCACACAUUGCUAUGCGUUUAACAGACUAAUAUUGGCCACCUCUGCUUAUUAGACAGUGAUACAAUCCUGGUAUUGGAAAUUAUUUACUGACAGAGUGACAGGAAUAAGGUGGGGUUCCGUGAUCAUGUGACAUUUGCCAUAUUUAUAUAGUGUUAGAUAUAUUGGCUUUCAAUAAAAAUUAUUCUUCUUUAAAAUAAUGCAUCUUUUUCACCUAAAUUUGUACCUAGCCCUGGAGAAAUGUUCGUACAAAUUCAUCAAUGAGUACAUCGAUUCGAAAUUGAUCACACUGAUGCACAUCCUACCAAAAUGGCAACCUCCAUGACAGCAUAUUAGGCCACUUUAAUUUAAAAUAUAAUGCAAUAGCUGCACCAGUAAUCAAUAGUCUCUUUUUCAUUGAAGAUUGUUUUCAAUCACUUUGUCUUUUCUCCACGUGGAAUUUACACCAAGUGUGUUUUUUUUUUCUUUGAUACAUUAUUCGGUAUCAUACUUUAAUCCAUAUAAUACUGUGAUAAAUGUUUCCAGGUUGUUUUGUGUAAGUGCAGUGUAUUUUUGGAUAUCGUGUGCGUUCUUUGUGGUUGUCAAGUGUCCUGUCAUGUAUAGUUUGUUUCUAUGUUUAAAAUGAUUUGCAUAUAAGAUUUUGGACUGUGUUUUGCCACUUAAGAGUUCUUUAUAACAGUCAGUAUUGUAUAUUAUUAAUGCAUGACAAUAAAAUAUCAAUUUGUGUAACAUUAAUUAAUAGAAAGAAAAAAAACCCAAUGCAACAGAUACUAAAACUAAACCUAAAACAAAGUAAGUCUCUGAACUGGAAAGCAGUAUCCAGGUCAGUGGAGACUUAAUCAAAUGCCCUUCAAUUGCACUGAUUUAGUGAAAUACUGUAUUUAUUUUAAUGGCUUGGUAAUACAAUGAGUGGAAAAAAGUUUCACAUAUUUGCUUUUCAUUAAUGUUGCAUAAUAUAUCCAAAACAAGAAAGGGUAUAAAAAAAAAGUAUCCAAGAUGGCAGAGCUUCAAAGGUAGCGCAGGUGCGAGAAGGAAAUGAAAAGUGAAAGACAGAUCUGAGAAAAGAUACAAACGGCAAUGAAAGAAUUGAAAGAAUAGAGCUGAGAUGAGUAAGACUGAUUUCAUUUGUGUUACCGAUAGCAUUUUGUUUAUAAUGUGUCCUCAUAUUGUGUUUUGUGUCUCAUAGAACUUUCACGCACGUACUGUUUAUGAAUGAGUGCUGAACAUAUAAAAAAAUAAAUUUCAGUUAUUCUGCCUAUCAGCGCUGUAUAUGUCUCAAAUGGUGCUACAGAUUCAUAAUGUGGAGAAUAUUGACGUCAGAGUGGCCAAGUUUUUAAGUUAUGAUGUGUAAUAUUUUUAAUCAGUUCAUAUUUUAAGUAACAACAAAUAAAAACAUCCUAAAUA